CAUUGACACUUAGAUAAAGAUACGGAGAAUCGAGAAUACCCAAAUAAAGAACAGCUGAUGUUAAAUGUUAUCUAUUGGCUUCCACCCCUUAUUUUCAUUUUCAAUAUUCUAUGAAGAUUAUUAUCAGAGUUAUUCAGUAUUACUAAAAAAUGAAUCGUCAGCCUCCAACGUACGGAGCUAUAGCUCCGUCAACACAAGUGGUAUUUAGUGAUCAAGUAGCUACGGAAUUCAAUAAUAGCUCAGAAAACGUUGUUACUAAUAUUUAUACAAUAAACAACAGUAUCAAAGUUUUGGGAAAUGCUUUAAAAGUAAUUGGAACCAAAAAAGACAACCAAGGCAUAAGAAGCCAAGUUCAUGUCACGCAAUUAAGUACAAAUCAAAUAGCUGCCAGUACUAGUAAGGAAAUUGUUAAUUUAAAACAGCUUUCAAAAGGACACAAACAAAGACUUCUUCAAGUUGAAAAAUUAGAAGAAAAUUUCAAAGAAGCACUAGGGAGGUAUCAUAAUUUGCAAAAGGAUGUGGCCAAUAAGCAAAAAUUACAUUUAUUGGUACCCUCAGAAAGCGUGGAGGAAACAGCACAAGAUGAUAAUGAUGAACAGCAAAUGCAGGCUCAAAAAACUAGAGAGUUGGCAUUUGAACAAGACAUGUUAAUAGAGCGAGAAAAUAGAAUUAUGCAGAUAGAAUCCGACAUUUUAGAUGUUAAUCAAAUUAUGAGGGAGUUGGGGUCUAUAGUACAUAGCCAAGGAGGGACCAUAGAUACCAUCGAAAACAGUAUUGACCAUGCAGCUGGAAAUAUAGAAGAAGGUACAGAGCAACUGGUGAAAGCUGCUCAAUAUCAGAAUAAAUACAGAAAGAAACUAAUAUAUCUUGUGGGAAUAGCCGUUAUAUGCGCUGCAAUUUUGAUAAUCGUAUUAGUAGUAGAACUUAAGAAAGAUAAGAAAUAAGUAGAUUUUUGUGUAACAGUUUUUUUUUUCGAUAUAAAUAUUAUGUAUGAGUUAAGUUUUAUACCUAUUAAAUUGUCUAUCGCUUUUUAUUUUUAGUGAUAUUAAAAAAAUAUGUACAUUUAAAAAAAUAA